AUGGUAGCUGAUAUUACUGUAUUCCAGGAUGACGAUAAUUCGGGCGAAGACCUCUGCACGGCGGCCACUAUUUCAAUGAAUGACUCCAACAGGCCCUCCCAACCGAACACCCCGAUCGGCGAGGGGCAAUUCUUUGGGUCGGAAGAGGAAGAAGCCUCCGAAUCUGAGGAGGGAAGCGAUGAUGUCGAAUCGUUUACGGAUGACUCGGAUGUGUACGAGUCGGAUUUCGAGUACAGCGUCUCGGAGAGCAUCCCGUUUUUGCCGUCGAUGGCAAAGACAGAAAACGGCCCAGAAGGCGUUGGAGCAGUUGUCGAGAAGGAGUUGCCCUUUCUGGAGCACAAUCACGAAGAUUUGCGAGGGCGUGUCGAGUCGCUGCUGGCCCACCCUCCCCCGUUGCCUGUAUUCACCUGUUCGGUGACGUAUGACGGACAAAUGUCGGCGGCCAGCGGGGAUUCGUGGGGCAGCGCCGACGAGGGGGAUGAAGAGGAGGAGGAGCAAGAGCAGGAAAUGGAAUUGGACCGUCAAACAGAUGAUGGAAGCUAUAAGGGACAGACAGUUGGAGCAACACUGACACUUCUACAAAAAGCCGCAAUGAAAGAAGAUGGGCAAGAGGAGGAAGAGGAUGAAGAUGAAGACGAGGACGAAGAAGACGAAUUUUACGAAUCUGAUCAGUACUCGGAGGAGUCGUACUCAGAGGACGAGGAAUGGAGCGACAGUUUCGUUUCGGAUGAGGAAUCAGCUGCGGAGAUGGACAGCGCUUCCCUGUCGUUCGAAUCGGUCUCCGAUGAAAAGAAUUUGGCCCAAAUUGAGAGUCGCCUGGCCACGUCGAUGGUCGCCGAAAUUCAGGAUCAGGAAGAGACUGAAGAAGGGAUUCUGGAAGAGUUGCCCUCCGAGUCGAUCCUAUCUACAGUACCCCGAGAGAUUCCAAAUGUUGAGGAAAAGGGCGGCCCGGUGAUUCUGAUGGAACCGACAUUUGUGAAGCCACAGGAGGGAACGGAUAAGGAAACGACAGCGUCUCGAUAUUUCCCCUCAAAACAGCCGACGACGGAUCAUGCCCGAAAGGCCGUCAUCCAGCCCACAAAACUCGAAAAAGCCCAAGUUGCCUCGGCCAUCCAGACCAAUAUUGGAGCCCCCGUAAAGCCAAAAUCUACCGCCGAGGAGAAGCCGAAUGCGUUCGGGUCGACCCUCGAGAAGAUUGUGGCCGCGGGAAAACUGCCGGAAACCACCGGAAGCCCGCCAAAGGACAAAUCAGCGGUGCGCAAAUCGGCGCUGAACAUGACCGUGGAAGAGGCUCAGAAAAAGGAACACGCUGCUGAGGAAGCCGCGAAGCGGUCUGCCCGCCGCUACAACCUAGUGGGAUCGCUGGCCGAGAAGUUCAGCGAGGCUGCCGAGAUGCCACAGGAGAAACAUACAUAUCGCCGUUCGAAAGCGCUGCAAAGCCGCGAUGAGACGCGUCCUCGAAGACAUUAUGCUCCGAUAAUACAACCAAUUGUCGAUGAUUCUUUCGAAAAACAGAUGGAGGAGCUGCGCGAAAAAAUGAAGGCCGGCACGUCGGCAUUCCAGAAGGAGUUCACCGAGUUGAAAAAGGGAAUGCUAACAUGCGCCGAAGAGCCGAAACUCCGAGAACAAGAAGAAAAACAUCGACAAUUACUACAACAGAAUGCACACGCUAUCGGAAAAGCGGAAGAGGAGAAACGACGCCAGAAGGGGCUGAGAGACGCCGUUUUGGAGAAGGAACUCGCCAAAAUACCAGCAAAAGACAAGGGAAAAGAGGAGAGGGCGGAGAAGGCCGAGAAACCGCACAAACAUUUGCCACCUAAAAAGCGUCGCCGCCAACAGUCACGGCCAAAUCGGCUGAUUCGAACGCCCGGUGAUAUCGAUGUGAUAUUGGGAUAUGGUGGAGGGAUGACAUUUGAGGCGCUCGAUCGGCUGUUCGAUGACGCUGCGAAGGAGAAGCGAACGAGACGCGACACUCCGCCCCCAAAAAGACCCCGCCGAAAGCCGGCCACCCGCGUCUGGAUCAGCGCAUUAAUGGACAUUGACAAAAUCUACAAGGCAAUCGAGUUGAGGGAUAUUGCCGCUUCCGUCAAUGGA